UGAAACACAGCGGCUGUAUGUAUGAAAGCAAUGCGAGAGUACAGCGAGUUGUGUAGGAAUACCAGCCUUGAAAGGGAUUUCAUGUAUGAAAGUUGAUAAUAUUGCCUUUCAACUAGAAUAAGACUUACUUGUUUGAUAAUGGAUUGAGUGUGGUGCUGAUGUACGUUCAAAUAAGUUGACAGGUCACGAACUUUACAAUUGAAAUAAUGACAUUCCUUAACGUAUAAUUUAUGGACUAGUUGUAGUACAGGGAAGAAGGCAAUUUACUAUCGGUAUUGUAUGUUUUAUUUACAACUGGCUAGCUUUAAAGGAAUAUAAAGCGUUGCUAAAGUGACUAUAUAUUUAUACAAUCGGCAUAAGAUGUGUUUCAAGCUGGUAAUUGCAUUCGUGUGUGUUUCUUAAAAGUAUCAUUGGAUUUAUGAUAAGCCAGUUUGACCUAAAGUUGUCUAGAUGAUGAAGUUAAAGACAGUAAGUGGUAAUGUGACCGCGAACUUCUGUACCAUCACCCUGUGUCUGCUGGCGGCUAUGGUCUCGCUUCUACCUCCCGUGGCACUAGUGUGCCUCACCUCCGACAUCAAGCAGUCCGAGAACGGAAGUCUUACCUCACAGGAAGGUCCACAAUCAGUGUACAACCCUGAUAACCUCCUAACAAACGUCUUCCAUCCCUGGACGGCCUGGAGCGAGUGCAACCGGAAGUGCCAUCAAACACGGAAACGACACUGUAAAAAGCCGCGACAUUGUGGAAAAAGUUAUAUCAAAGAAAAACAAAACUGUUUCGGUGAUCUAUGUCAAACGAAAAAAGUUUCGAAAAAUCGAAUGAAACUUUUACGUCUACGUAAAAAUGGUAAAUUUGUAAAACAAAUUUUAUAUAAAUAUCUGUACGGCACGUGGACAAAAUGGACAGUGUGCUCAAGAAAUUGUAUGAAGGAGCGAUACCGGAAGUGCAAGCAGCCGGCCAUGUGCGGGGACAGCUUUAUUCAAGAGGAAAGGCAGUGCCGGAGGGCAACGUUAACGUGUCGCAAGCAGUACGUACUCAGGACGUUUGUAACGGUAAACGAGCUCAGCAAACCGAAAGGAGACAAGCUUGAGGAAGAGAUAAAAAAAAUCGUAAAUGUGUCUGGCACACCACACCUUCCAGGAGAAAACAGAAAGAAUAUGAAAUCCAGUGUGUUGUCAAACCUGGCUUCGACGUGCGGUUUAAGGGCGAUGGAAGGGUCGUACAGAAUUGUGCAAGGACAUGAGGCCAGAAAACACGCCUGGCCCUGGCAGAUUUCUAUCCUGGAGAAGACAGAGGAGCAGUUUUGUGGCGGGACUUUGAUCGCUCCACAGUGGGUCCUUACGGCAGCGCACUGUGUCAGGAAAAAAAAACGCAAGAGGAAGAUUUUUGUUCGUGUAGGCGAUCAUCAUAUAUUUGAACAUGACAAAGGGGAGAAAAAAAUGAAAAUUGAAGAUUUUGUACACCCAAGGUAUAAUUAUAACACAAUUACUAAUGACAUAGCACUUUUAAAACUUGAAAAGCCAAUGGCGCCAUCUGAUACCGUCGGUUUCGCAUGCCUACCAAACAAAGGCGACGCCAUUGAGAAGCGUAUAAAAAAAGCGGAUCAUUCUGAACUGUGUUAUAUAAUUGGAUGGGGUAAAGCUAAAAGCACUGAUUUGUACGGGUCUACUAGAUUAUUAGAAGCACAAAUUCCACUUGUAGAUAGAGACACUUGUCAAAAAGCAUUUGACUAUGUUAUACAUAGGACUCAGCUGUGUGCGGGAAGUAGGAGAGGGGGCGUGGACUCCUGCGCCGGUGAUAGCGGAGGUCCAUUAUUGUGCGCACGUAAGACAGAAAACCCCAAUGGUGUAUCUAAAAAUAGAUGGACGGUUUACGGUGUAACAAGCUAUGGGGAAGGGUGUGGUGAAAAGAAAAAAUACGGAAUAUACACAAAUGUGAGAAGAUAUCUGGAUUGGAUAACAGAAACGAUUGAAACAAACAGCUAGUAGCUCUUAAAUUCAAAAACCAUUUUCUUAUUUUUUGUCGUAAUUUAAUGAAAUUGGUCAAUUACCAUAAUAAUACAUAAAACAUACCAUAUUAAUCUAUACCUAUCUCAGAGUAAGGGGUGUCUUACUCUGGGACAAUCGUAUGUUAUAAUUGGGGAGUCUUAGAUUUUGCUUCAAAGCACUGAACACAAGAGGUACUUUUGUAGUAAGGUCAAGUUUGAGCAACAGGUGUUUUAUCGACCUAGCUCAUUAUGCACCAGUCAAUUGUAACCACGCCCCCCCCCCCAGGUCCGGAGAAUAGCGGGGACUUUGACUUUCGGACCAGCCAACCCCGGCUAAAAUCCCCACCCUGCGGCGACGAACAGAUGGUAAAAUCCCCGCCAAAUGCCCCAGCACCCCAGGGACCCUAGGUAAGGCCCAUUCCCCGCUUUAUUUAAACUGCGAAGACAAAACCACCCCAUUCACCCGGCACUGCGGUGCCACCUGAAAGGUAAAAACACGGCCCAUUUCCCCGGCUAUCCCCGGUAUACCCCCUGACCUGGUGGGCCGUGGUUACAAUUGACUGGUGCAUUAACAAACAAUGCAGUGAUUAGCCAAUUUAUUUGUCUAUAGUUAUGAAUUAAGAAAUAAAUGUCAGGGCAUCUUUAA